GAAAACUGUAAGCUUAGAUUUAGGACAAACUGUUUUUUAUUAUUAUAUCGCGACAUAUAAAUCAUCUUCGGUAGUGACAAAGCGCGGGAAAGCUGUGGCGUAGACGCUUGUAACUGUUAACGAGAUAGGCCUACUCUGCAGUUUCUUUGUGAUCGUUUUGAUCUGGCGUAUUCGUCAGUUCAUCUGAAGCUCGUCUCGUUCUUGCUGCAAUCGGGCGUGCGUAGAACAGUUUUUACCUCUGCAGUUCCAGUGUAUAACAAGAAAAUGCCAGCAAAGGGCAAACGCAAGUCAAAGAAGUCUUCAACAGCUGAUGAUGAACCGGAAGCAAAACAAGUCAAAGUUGAAGAAGCGGAUACCUCAAAUGGCAAAGCUCCCAAACCUAAAAAGGAAGACAGUCUAGAGUCUCUUCCAGAGGGCACGGACACCAGUUUCCCUAAAGAGUUCAACCCAGAUAAAACAACAGCUGAUGGACGUAAAGCCAAGUUGAAAAUCACCUCCUGGAAUGUCAAUGGGCUGCGUGCCUGGAUGAAGGGAGAUGGCCAGAGCUACCUUAAGACCUAUGACCCUGAUAUCCUUUGCGUCCAAGAGACCAAGUGCUCCCUAGCCAAGCUGCCUAAGGAUGUUGAAGUGGAGGGUUACCAUGUCUACUGGUCAGCAGCAGAAACUGAGGGUUACGCUGGGACUGGCAUGUACACAAAAACAAAGCCCAUCAGUCUGACAUAUGGCAUUGGUACAAAAAAACAUGACAAUGAGGGCCGUACCAUCACCGCCGAGUUUGAUAAGUUCUUUCUUGUGACCUCAUAUGUUCCAAAUUCGGGAAAAGGCCUAGUGAGGCUGAGCUACCGAACCAAAGAAUGGGACAUAGACUUCCGUAAAUAUCUCAAGAAAUUAGACGCCAAGAAACCUGUCAUUUUAUGUGGAGAUCUUAACGUUGCUCACACACCUACAGAUCUGAAGAACCCCAAGACAAACAAGAAGACACCAGGAUUUACGGAGGCAGAGAGAGAGGAGUUUACAAACCUGCUGGCAGAAGGAUUUGUAGAUUCCUUUAGGGAGCUCUACCCUAAUGCCCGGGACUGUUUCUCCUUCUGGACGUACAUGAUGAAUUCCAGGGCUAAGAAUGUUGGUUGGCGCCUUGACUACUUUGUCCUCUCUGAACGCCUGAAGGAUGACCUGUGUGACAGCAUAAUCCAGCAAAGCAUCAUGGGUAGUGACCACUGUCCAAUCAUGUUGUCCAUGGCUCUCUGAUGAAUCAAACAGUCCAGUUACAUAAAAGGGUUGUGUCUCAAAAAAGCCCUGUUUGAUCUGAAUAGCGGAUUAAAUGCAAAUGAUUCAUUACAAGUCAGAGGUAUCAAAUCAGCCAAUGGAAUGAUUGGUUACAACGGUAUCAUAUCGGCCAAUGGAAUUAUUGGUUACAGCGAUAUCACAUCAGCCAAUGGAAUGUUUGGUUAUAGCGGUAUCAAAUCAGCCAAUGGAAUGGUUGGUUACAGCAGUAUCAAAUCAGCCAAUGGAAUGUUUGGUUACAGCAGUAUCAAAUCAGCCAAUGGAAUGUUUGGUUAAAGCGGUAUCAAAUCAGCCAAUGGAAUGUUUGGUUAAAGCGGUAUCAAAUCAGCCAAUGGAAUGUUUGGUUACAGCAGUAUCAAAUCAGCCAAUGGAAUGUUUGGUUACAGCGGUAUCAAAUCAGCCAAUGGAAUGUUUGGUUAAAGCGGUAUCAAAUCAGCCAAUGGAAUGUUUGGUUACAGCAGUAUCAAAUCAGCCAAUGGAAUGUUUGGUUACAGCAGUAUCAAAUCAGCCAAUGGAAUGUUUGGUUACAGCAGUAUCAAAUCAGCCAAUGGAAUGUUUGGUUACAGCAGUAUCAAAUCAGCCAAUGGAAUGUUUGGUUACAGCAGUAUCAAAUCAGCCAAUGGAAUGUUUGGUAAUAGUAUCAACACUACGUAAUAGACAUCUGAAUUGGAGAAGUUAUAGAUCUGGAUGAGAAUGAACUCUUCUACACUUCAAAAUAUAAGUGGAUAUUACAGCCUGUAACUUUUAUAAUUGAUAGUUACAGUAAUAGUUAAGUGUCUGCAUCUCAUUGUUGUUAAUGUAUGGUUUACAUUGUCAGAUUAAAUAAUUUCCAAGAUACAUGAAUAGACAAUUUAUCUAGUCAAAUCGAAAUAAGAUUUGCUCGAACGCCAAAUGCAGACAUGAAUAUGAACAACAUCCAGGGUGAUGUUUGGUGGAGCAGGGUUUACAUGCUUAUAGUGUCGGGUAUGAACUAUGACAGGUAUGGACUAUGACAGGUAUGAACUAUGACAGGGUAUGGACUAUGACAGGUAUGAACUAUGACAGGUAUGGACUAUGACAGGUAUGGACUAUGACAGGUAUGAACUAUGACAGGUAUGAACUAUGACAGGUAUGGACUAUGACAGGUAUGGACUACCUACGACAGGUAUGGACUACCUACAAUAGGUAUGGACUACCUACAACAGGUAUGGACUACCUACAACAGGUAUGGACUACCUACGACAGGUAUGGACUACCUACGACAGGUAUGGACUACCUACGACAGGUGGGGGCCGCGGUGGCCAAGUGGUUAAGGUGUUCCGACACUUUAUCACUAGCCCUCCACCUCUUGGUUGCGAGUUCGAAACCUACGUGGGGCAGUUGCCAGGAACUGAUCGUAGGCCGGUGGUUUAUCUCCGGGUACUCCGGCUUUCCUCCACCUUCAAAACCUGGCACGUCUUUAAAUGACCCUGGCUGUUAAUAGAAUGUUAAACAAAAACAAACCAAACUACGACAGGUAUUGACUACCUACAAUAGGUAGGGACUAGCAAUAUUUUGUAUUUAAUAGAUAAUAUCCUCAAAACAAUUGACAUCUUUGUCAAAAAUUUGGUUAAGAAGUUUUGCAAUUAAUUCUGUAUUUGUUCUUCUGGAGUAAAACAUCAGUACAGGUACUGUGGAUUAAAUAUUGAAUUAAAGGUUUUCUUGAAUUUGACAUGAAGAUGCAUGAUUCGUGGAAAGUUCUCUGCUACAGACACUCCCUAUAAAGCUAACUGCUCCCCUACAUAUCACCCUUGAAGUUGUUUGAUUUGGAAUGAGAAUGUGUGAGGUGUGUAUGUGCUCUUUUUUUGCAUACUGUGAAUAUUGUUUUAGUAUAUUGAAGCAUUUGGAACCAAUUGUUUAUUUGAUAAAAAUUUAGAUUCAGAAGUAGUCAGAUAGUAGUCUACUUCUACUGGUUUGUUGUUACUUAUACCACGUCUGUAUGCUUUAUGGUGGGCUGUGAGAUUACUGAAUGGAAUAAAUUCUCUCAAAAAUGUAAAAUUUUGUGUACAAGUUUUUAAGUGAACAUUGAUAAUCAUUCCAUUAAUGCACUAAAAUUCAUCAAUAAAACAUGAAACAAAAAA